GAUCUAUCACUAACACUAUACAGUUACACAGUGUCCAAUUAAUCAGAAGGGGGAAUAAUUAGUCAAGUUAAUUAUCAAUAAUUUGUUUAUGAGUUUUUUUUAGUUGGUUUAUAGACUUGUAUCGGUUUAAUUGUGUUUAUUGUGGUGUUAAAUAUAAAGUUGAGAAAUCUAUUUAUCUAACUGCUGCUUCCUUAGUCAGAGGAGGACAGAAGAGAUCAGGAAUUUUGCUGAGGUUUAUAUUCGUCAUUCUCUCUGUCCUCGAUGGGUGCUUGACAGUUUAUUAGUUGUAUAAUCCAUUAGUAAGAUGCCGAACUCUGUAGGAUUACACCCGGGAGAGCAGUAUUCCCCUGCGACCGGGUUGAUCUAUGUGUUCAACCUAAUUGUUGGCAUGGGAUGCCUAACCCUGCCGGCAGCUUUUGCUGCUGCAGGAUGGGGCCUCUCUGCUGGGGGCAUCCUGCUCCUUGCCAUAGUUAGCUACAUGACGACAACGUGGGUGGUGGAGAGCAUGGCCUGCGCCAACGCUAUCAACCAUUGGCGCCGGAUGAAACAGCUCAAGAAGUUUUAUCACACAGUUCAGCGUGGGCAGGUUGCAGAUGAGUUGGUGAGUCGUACCUUAGAAAAUGCUGAAGCCGAUCAACGAUGCACGGAUACAUCGGAAGACCAGGAUGAAAACGAGGAAGAGUCGCCGCUGAUAACUGAGGGAGUGAUAGAGAGAACAGUGGGGGAAUACUAUGCCAUACAGGAGCAGAUUGAAAUGGGGCAGAUGGCAGAAUUAUUUUAUCCUAAAGUGUGGGAUAAAGUGUUUUAUAUUGUGCUCUGUAUAUACCUCUAUGGAGACCUGGCUAUAUACGAGGCUGCCGUGGCUAAGUCUCUCAGAGAUAGUAUUUGUAAUUAUGUACCAGCGAACUGCUCAAGUGAACCUGUAGAUUUAGAUAAAUGCUUCCAAGAUUCAGAUCUGACAAGAUUAGAAAUGUAUAGAUUAUGCACAGCUGCAUUCAUUGGUGUAAUGGGCCCUUUUGUGUUCUUCAAUCUUACUAAAACAAAAUAUAUGCAGAUGUUGACUACAUUUACCAGAUGGCUCGCAAUGGGGAUAAUGAUCACGUGGGCCAUCGUGUAUUUGGCCGAGAAUAAGGGCCAUGGUCAUCCCCCCUCUGCUGAUAUCACCAAAUUACCACAACUGUUCGGAGUUUGUGUGUACAGUUUCAUGUGUCAUCACUCCUUACCUGCUCUUAUAACUCCUGUUACUGAAAAGAGGUCAAUUGUAAAGUUACUUGCAGCCGACUACAUGCUUAUCCUGAUGUUCUACUACCUCUUGGCCUUCACUGGAAUCUUUGCCUUUGAGCAUCUGAAUGACCUCUACACACUCAACUUUCAGCCAGACAGAUGCAAGACCGACGACACCUCCGUCAUAAUUUACUCUCUUCGGUUAUUUUUAUUGAUGUUUCCUGUCUUCACUUUGAGCACCAAUUUUCCAAUCAUUGCCAUCACAUUACGUAAUAACUUAAAGGGGCUGUGUCUGCGUGAAGGUCGCCGCUAUUCUUUCUUCACUACACGCUGCCUUUUCCCCCUAUUAGCCAUUAUUCCUCCAACUCUAGUGGGUUUUAUUACAUCUGAUGUGGAGAUCUUAGUCGGCAUCACUGGUGCCUAUGCAGGAUCAUUUAUACAGUAUGUUGUACCGGCCACUCUAGUCUACUAUGCCCGUAAGAUGACUCUACAGUAUAUCGGCAUGGGGGUGAAGAACCCAUUUUCUGCACCACUCCAGCACUCUGCUUGGCUCGUCAUCAUCUGUGUAUGGGCUGCACUGUGUCAAGUAUUCGUCACAAUUUACCUGAUUGAAGAGUAUAAUAAAUAGUAGUAGUUAGUUUUUAAAAGGACAACAAUACUCUUCACAUAAUAGAUUUUUAUAAUUAUAUUUUAUACAUAUGUAUUAGGUGGAUAAAGUAUUAAUGAUAAGUCAUAAGUCAGAAAAGAAGGUUGCUGAGAUGUUCAUGUAUCCAAUGAUCUGUAUUAUAAAUAUAUGCUGUGAUCAUAUGAUUUUGCCAUUGGACAUGAUACUACCUGCUGAUUUUACCAAUAAUGAGUGAUAUUAUUAGGACUCUAAGAGAGGUACAUUUCUUCCAGCUGCAAGAGCACAUACACAAGGAAUAUUUAUCUGAUGGCGUAGGACUAUACUGUAUAUGAAAUUAGUAACGUAUUUUGUGUCAUACUACUGUACUUCCAAGUACAACUGUUUACUGUAUGUCCAUCUUUGUGUGUGGGUGUACACUACAGGUAUAUUUCACUUAACAUAUACAAAUUCCAAAAUCAUAUUAUGGUAAGUAAAACAUGUCCUCCUAUACCUGUACUCUCCCAUAUUGUUAAUUGAGAUAUUUACCAGGGAAAACUUUUUGGGCCCCAAUAAAUUAGUAUAUAUAUUUAUACUGUAAUAUAAAUACACUAGUGUUAACCAGUGAUGAAUGCACAAAUCUACUAGCCUCUUAUUUUGUUUAACUAAAUUAGCAGCAAAUCAUUGAAUUUAUUGCGGGAUUACAUUACCUAAGUUGUGAACUAUAUUUUAAUGACAGUACAGUACAUUAAGUGAAGCUAUGUUAAGUGAGCAAUACCUGUAUGUGUAUUAAAUAAUGACAGAAUUGGCAAACAUCACAAAUCUUUAGAAUAUUUUACUUUAUUUUUAUGUGUACCCUGUAACUCAAAAUGUUACUGAACACGAGAUACAAGGGAAUUCUAAAAAUGCACGGGUAACUUUUAGUUCUCUGGCUGGUCUUGAGGUGUUUAAGGUUGCAUUCCAGCUAUAGAUUUUCAAUAGAAGUGAGAGUAUUUACAUUUCAUCUUUAGUGCCCUGGCAUGGCUGUAGCUUCUUUUAAGAGGGAACCUCCAACUUCAUAUCCCUCUUAAAACCCCUGUACAUAAAGAGUAAAUUUUACAUUUAAUAUCAUAGGAAAUAUCUAACUUGAUUCGUGGAAAUUAAACUAAACCAAAACUGAACUUGGUCUGGUUAGGAUAAUUUAAAGUUAAUAUUACAUUUCAUAACUACAGGGGGACCCAUUUAUUAGUUUAAUUAAUGAGUAAUGAAUUUAUGUAACGGUAAUUAUGUUUCUGUAGCCUCACUAAGUUUCAUUAAGAUAUCACUUUCCACAACUUAGUACAGGUACAUUGAGAAUGAAAGAAAAACACACAAAAUUGUUUUUAAGAAAUUACAAUACAGGUUGGGAGUAAUUAGGGUUCCAAAUAUUCCUAGAGUCAUUAUAUGUACGGUAAUGACCAUAAUUGCAAGUUUUACACCCCAUAUCCUAAAUCAGGGCUUUGAGGUCUUCCUAUAUUGGCUUUGGGGGUGAAAAUGCCUUUUCCCUUUGAUUAGAAAUUAAUGUUUAUAAUAGAAAAAAAAAAUUGCCGUUGAAAUAUUAUUGGUGAAAAGUACUUAAAUUU